CCCACCCUCUCCAUUCGCGAGGCUUGGGAGAGUCCUAACGAGAAAAGGAUUCUCAGGGGGAAAAAAUUUUCCAAUUUCUCCAUCAAUGGCGUCUGUCGCUGCGUCCGCUCAAGUCUCCGGCUCUCUUUCCUCUUCCCAUUCGAUCCCCAAGGACCAGAGAGGAGCGGGGUUGUUGCAGAGAGUUUGCUUUCCGGCGACCUCGACCCACGGGCGGAAAGAUGUCGCACCUCUGAAGAGUGGGUUCUCCGUCCGGACGGCGUCGCCCGCCGUCGAAUUCCCUGCGGUGGAGAGGAAGAAGAAAGAGGAAAAGGUGGAGGAGGGGGCUGGCUUUGUUGUAGAAGAAGACUACGAGAAGUUGGCGGAGGAGCUCCAGAAUGCAUCGCCUUUGGAGAUAAUUGACAACGCCCUGGCCCGGUUCGGCAACGAUAUAGCCAUUGCUUUCAGUGGAGCUGAGGAUGUAGCACUAAUCGAAUACGCACGGCUCACCGGCAGGCCGUUCCGGGUGUUCAGUCUAGAUACAGGAAGGUUGAACCCCGAGACUUAUCAGUUUUUUGAUGUGGUGGAGAAGCACUAUGGCAUCCACAUAGAGUACAUGUUCCCUGAUUCUGUUGAGGUUCAAGCUUUGGUUCGAACCAAGGGCUUGUUCUCCUUCUAUGAAGAUGGGCACCAGGAGUGCUGCAGGGUGAGAAAGGUGCGCCCCCUCCGGCGAGCUCUCAAAGGGCUAAGGGCAUGGAUCACCGGACAGCGCAAAGAUCAGUCACCGGGCACCAGGGCUCACAUUCCUGUGGUUCAAGUCGACCCUUCUUUUGAAGGGUUGGAUGGUGGUGCUGGCAGCCUGAUCAAGUGGAAUCCUGUGGCUAAUGUUAAUGGUGUUGAUAUGUGGAAUUUUCUCCGGGCCAUGAACGUGCCAGUGAAUUCCUUGCACUCUCAGGGUUAUGUCUCUAUUGGUUGUGAGCCUUGCACAAGGCCUGUGUUACCGGGUCAACACGAGCGAGAAGGCCGCUGGUGGUGGGAGGAUGCAAAGGCGAAGGAGUGCGGCCUUCACAAGGGAAACAUCCAGCAGGAGGUCGAAGGAAAUGGGAGCGCCGCCACGAAUGGUUCUGCUGCCCCAUCAGACAUUUUCAACAGCAAGAGCGUGGUGAGCCUCAGCCGUGUUGGAAUUGAGAAUCUGAUGAAGGUGGAGAACCGGAGGGAGCCAUGGCUGGUUGUCCUUUAUGCUCCAUGGUGCCGCUUUUGCCAAGCCAUGGAAGGUUCUUUCGUGGAGCUGGCAGAGAAAUUGGAGGGCAUGUCUUCUGGUGUCAAAGUGGGGAAAUUCAGAGCAGAUGGGGAGCAGAAGGAGUUCUCGAAGGAGCAGCUUCAGUUGGGUAGCUUCCCCACGAUCCUGUUCUUCCCUAAGCAUUCAUCCACACCCAUCAAAUACCCCUCAGAGAAACGGGAUGUCGACUCAUUGCUAGCAUUCGUGAAAGCCCUCCAAUAGGCUUUUGCUGGAAGAGAAAAGGAAGAAAAUAUCCGACACUGAAGCAUAUAAGUGGGGCAUGGGGCGUUUGAGCUCUUCGCGCUGUUGCCCUGCCUUACGAGGACAAUGCGUGGUCGUUUCACUUUCGGUAGUGCAACGCGGGCAGUGAUAGUCCUCUAAAUUGAACAGAUGCUGGUUAAUGCACUUGAGACGGUGUAUAUAAUUUUGUGUUGUUUCUCCGUUCCUCAUUGCAGGGAGUUCCCCUUCUACUUCAGAUUUAUGUAGCUUUAUUCAUCUAUGAUAUGAAAUUGGAAGGCUUGUUUUCUGUUA